AUGAUCACCGACGUGCAACUUGGAAUUUGUGCUAAUAUUCUUGGUAUUGGAAUAUUCAUGUUAGUAGUACUCUACCAUUACAUCACUGCUAAUCAGCGAUCUAACUGA